AUGUCCAGUCCACUAUCAAUUUUAUCCGAAAAGUAUCACAGCGACCUAUUCGGCCAGACGGGUGGGGCAUCACCACGCAAAUUGUCUUUCAAGAGUAUCCUUUCGACAUCUGCCGCGCAAUCACGGACGUUAUUCAUGCAGGUCAUUCUCUUGCGAUUUCCAGACAUCAAGUUCCUCUUCUCCCACAACGGUGGAGCUUUGCCCUUUCUCGCCGAUCGCAUCGGUGCACAGCACAUCGAUGAAAUGAUAGCAAAGAACAACGAUGGCCUGAGGCUUCGAGAUAUUGCCUCGACGAGAAAUCUCUAUCUCGAUACCAGCAUAUAA